CUGAGGUGGAGAAGGAGGAGUAAGGAAUAGGCAAUGGAGGAGGACGAGGAGGAGGAGGAGGUGGUGGAGGAGAAGAAAGAUGAGGAGGAGGUGGAAGAGGGGGGGGGAGGAGGAGGAUGAGAAAGAGGAAGAGGAGGGGGAGGCGAARGACAAGGAGGAGAAAAAGGAGGAGGCAAUGGAGGAAGAAGAGGAGGAAAAGGAGGAGGAAGAAGAGGAGGAAGAGGAAGAGGAGAAAAAGACGAUGGAGGAGAAGGAGGAGGAGGAGGAGGGGGAGGAGGAGCACGAGAGAAGGAGAACUACGCCGGGGUAGCAGCUGACUCCGCUCUCCUCCCCUCCGCUUUUUUUUUUUUUUUUUKAAUCAAUCAAUCAGUCAAUC